CCGGAAGCAUGUGCCGUUGACGUCACCGAGGUGAAAACAAAAACAACUUUGCUCUUGCUUCAUCUGCCUCGGUGUUUCUUGAUGGCUUCGUGACUUUUUCAGAACACCGCGUUCGUCCAGAAAGUCUCGUAUUACAUGGUAAUACUUGAGUGUACCCGUGACGUUUCAGUUAUCAGCCAUGGCUCAGCAGAGAGGAGUAAACAGCCUACAGUUCAACCAGGACCAGAGUUGUUUCUGUUGUGCAAUGGAGACAGGAGUAAGAAUUUAUAAUGUGGAGCCCCUGAUGGAGAAGGGUCAUCUGGAUCAUGAACAGGUGGGCAGUGUUGCCCUGUGUUCCAUGCUGCAUCGCUCCAACUUACUGGCAAUUGUAGGAGGAGGAGUCAGUCCAAAAUUUUCUGAAAUAUCUGUACUUAUUUGGGAUGAUGCCAGAGAAUCACGUGAUCCUAAGGACAAGCUUGUGCUGGAGUUUACCUUCACUAAACCUGUAUUAGCUGUCCGGAUGAGGCAUGACAAGAUUAUUAUUGUACUGAAAAACAGGAUAUAUGUGUACACAUUUCCAGACAAUCCAGUCAAGCUUUUUGAGUUUGACACCAGAGAUAACCCUAAAGGUUUGUGUGACUUGUGUCCUAGUCCAGAGAAACAACUCUUGGUUUUCCCUGGGCACAAAUGUGGCAGUCUCCAGUUAGUUGAUCUGUCCAACACAAAGCCUGGGACAUCCUCUGCCCCAUUCACAAUAAAUGCGCACCAAAGUGAGAUUGCCUGUGUUGCACUGAAUCAACCAGGAAGUGUGGCAGCGUCAGCAUCUCGUAAAGGAACCCUAAUCCGUCUGUUUGAUACAACAACUAGAGACAAACUUGUAGAGCUGCGCAGAGGAACUGACCCAGCUACUCUCUACUGCAUCAAUUUCAGUCACGACUCUUCAUUUCUGUGUGCCUCAAGUGACAAAGGAACAGUGCAUAUCUUUGCUCUUAAAGACACCAAACUUAAUAGGCGUUCUGCGUUAGCACGGGUUGGAAAGGUAGGCCCUGUCAUUGGUCAGUAUGUAGACAGUCAGUGGUCACUGGCCAGUUUUACUGUACCAGCUGAAUGUGCCUGUAUCUGUGCCUUUGGGAAAAAUACAUCAAAGAAUGUGAACUCUGUUAUUGCUAUUUGUGUUGAUGGCACCUUCCACAAAUAUGUUUUCACUCCUGAUGGAAACUGUAAUCGAGAAGCUUUCGAUGUUUACCUUGAUAUAUGUGAUGAUGAUGAUUUCUAAGUUUUAAUGAAAAGAAAAUUGUUGCCUGUCUAUUAAUUGUGAAUUAUACUGUUGUAAUCUGUCAUGUAUUCAGAGUUGGUCAUCAUAUCACUUCUGUUGUGUAUAAAUGUGUCAUUGCCAUCUGUUCUGUAUAUUGUAAUUUAUCGACAGCACACAACAAAUUAUGACCUUUAGUGUGCAAUAAGAGUACAACAUUAGAAAUGACCAAUUAGUUAUAAAUAAAGUUAUUCUUAAGGGAAA